AUGUGUAAACACGUCCUCAAUGCCCAAGUGGCUAUUCGCUCCCCUUGCUGCCGCAAGUGGUUCGACUGUGCCGAAUGCCACCAAGAACAGGAGUCCCACAUGCUGCAGAAGGCUCAGGAGAUGAUCUUUGCAUGCAAAAAAUGCAAGAAGUGCUUCCGUAAGGAUGCUGCUGAGUUUGAGGAGAGUGACGAAUUCUGCCCGCACUGCGAUAACCACUUCGUCCUCGAGGCCGUGACACCAAAUGCGAGACUGGAAGUGGAGGGUGACGAUGCGCGCAUGGACAACCGAAUGCUCAAGGAUGACCGUGUCCGUGGCGACCAAGAAAAGUCCAUCUUCCAAUUCAAGGAUCUCUCGGAUCGCAUGGGCUAG